UUUUGGCAUGACUGAUACUGAAGGUUUGAAGGGAAGUGAAAAGGCCUCUACUUAUUCUGGUGGCCAAAAGCAUGACUCAUAUGUAAAUAAACAAUCAUAAAUGUGUCACUGUGUGUUAAAAAGUAAAUAUAAAUAAUGUAUUAAAUAGCUAGUUGCUGUGAUAAAUAACGCAAUUAAUGAAAAGAAAUUUUUCUGUAGAUGAAUUUUAUUUAUUUUCCUUAAUAAUAAAUUGAGUCUGAAAAUGUAUUAAAUAUAACUUCUUUAAGGCACGUAAUUCCAUAUACUAUAACAUAACCUGUAAACCAAAACCUGUAGGUUGUUUUUCAGACUUUAAGUCAAUGAUUUAAAGAUCUAUUAUUAUAUUUAUCUACUGUGCUUAAUAAUAAUCAUGGAGGGUGUCAUUUUAUCAUCUUGGGACCACAUAAUGGGUCCUCAAAUUGAGAAAUUGUGGCUUCUUAAAGACAAAUCUCUUAAUACUAUGAUAUCAGUACCCGAUAAAGUUUUACAGGAUUUUAAUAUGUCUAAAAACUGUAAAUCUAUAAAUAUAGGUCAAAAUAUAGAUCUAUCUUUAAUGAAAAUAUAUACAGAAAUGUGUGGACAGCUAUUGUUAGGUGAAGUUGAUUCCUGUAGGAGAUUUGACGAAUGGUCUUCCAGACUCUAUAUAUCGGAAAAUAAAAUUUUAGUAGCUGUUUUAUUUCAUAUUGGAUUUUGGAAAUGCGCAAAUUCAAUAAAAGAUACCAGGAAUGUGUGUUUGUGUUUUGGAAUAAUAUUCAAUCAUAUUCAAUUCACUUAUCCCAUCAUAUUGUAUAAUCAUUUACUAAUUGACAAACAUAUAAGAAAAACAGUGAAUUCUAUUAAAAGUUUUCAAUUUCCAAUGGAUACCUCAUUGAAUGAUAUUACAGCCUUAGCUGAAGAUAUUUCUGAACUCAUGUCAAUGAUAAAGCAAUUUAACUUUGUUAGUAAAACCAGCCCAGCUUCUUAUAGUAUAUUUUUAAAUUGGUCACUUCUACUUAAAGCUGUUGUAUCUCAUUUACAAACAUCUGGUUGUUCUGCUGUUAUAGGCACUGAUCAAUUUCUCAUUAAUGAAAUCAUUUAUUUUCUAUCGCCAUUUACUUCACAGAAAAAUGUUAAGUUUCAUAAUUCUUCUCAUCAGUUUUCUAAGUCAUACAGUGUGGGAUUAUGCAUCAGAAAUACAGCUGAGGAAGUAUCUAAAAGUAGAAAAUUUUUACUUGAAAGAGCAAAUAAAGAACUAAGUCCAUUAACAGUAAUUGACUUGACUGACGAUAAUGUUUGGCAAACCAUUCCUUUCCAAGAAACUUCUAAAUCUGACAAGAAAUCCAUAUCCUUAGUGACUGAAAUUGGAAGUUUAGUUCCUGAGCUUAUAAAUGAUCUUGUAUUUCUGGAGAAAAAUGGUAGCAAAGAUUGCAGGAAUUGUAUAAAAGAGUUUUGCCUUAUGUUAAUGACUAAGUCCUGUGCUUUGAUCAAAACUGUUGAAUACUCUAGGUGUCUUGGAAAAUUUCUUUCAAAGAAAGAUGUUAUGACGAUGUUAGCCGUACAAAACCUUGCAGAUUUAGAAAUUGUGCUUGGAUGUGCAGAAAAUCUCAAACCUGGGAUAAGAAACUAUAUUUUAAAUCAACUGUAAAAAGAGAAGAUUAAAAUUAUAGUAUAUUAUUCAUUGUUUUUAUAUAAUAAAAAAAUAUUUUUUAAUAUUUGAUUUUCAUGUUUGAAAAUUUCCUGGGCUCCAUCAUCAAAUCUUAACAUUCAACAGAAUUAAAAUCUCAAUGCAUUGA